AUGGCAGGUAGCAUUCAAUCUUUAUGGGCAGAUUCCCGUAUCCCCUACGAGGAACACGAGGAGGAGCAGGACCAUAUGGGGAGCGAUUUUGAUGAUGUUCCCGUCCUGGCUGCGCGCGCACGCAAGUCUCGGUACGAGUUCGAUACUUUAAGUGGCCCACUUGUGUUACAUGGUCCGGCUCCAGGAGGACCGCCUGAUUGGAGAAUGAUUCCUAGUUUCAAGAGUCAUAUUGCCUACUAUAUUUGGGCAGGACAUGAGUGCAGCGUCGGGCGAUGUGAGUCCAGGAUUACCGCGCUUAAUGAUUUUAAGAAAGAUGAGCUGAAGCAACUCAUGGCUCCUUACAGGCAGGAUGAGUUAGAGCUACUGGAGGCAUUUGGCCUAGACUCACUCGAGCACUUCUACAUGAAAAAUGUAGACAAUGGACUCAUGGGGGCAUUUAUAGAGAGGUGGCAGCCGGAAACGAACAGUUUCCACAUGCCGUGGGGUGAGAUGACGAUCACCCUACAUGAUGUCGCAUUUAUUUUGGGGUUGCGUGUCGACGGUCUAGCAGUGUACGGUGAUUCUGUUGAGGAGAGGCCUAUGUGUGAGUUGUUGCUAGCUGAGGUUCUUGAUUUGGACCUGGUCGAGGCGCAUGCCAAGCUCGGCAAUAGUGGGAUAAAAUGGUCGGAGUUUGUUCAGCGUGUGCGCAGUCGGUCCCGAUCUUGUCAGCAGAAGGUGGUACGAUAUUUGACGUUUUUGAUCGGUAUGGCUUUGUUCCCCGACCGGAGUAUAGACAGGUUCAAGCCAACGUGGACGAGAUAUUCUUCUAAUCUUGAGCACGUCGGUGAGUAUGCUUGGGGUGCAGCUGUCUUGGCUCAUUUAUACCGGCAGUUGGGCAUGGCUAGUAGGGCCCACGUGAAUGAGAUAUUUUUUGUUUGA